CUGAAAAUGGCGGCGCGCACAAAACGGGUGAUCGCAAAAAUAUCUCCAAAACGGGUACAAAAUAAUAAUAUAGGCCUAGGCCUACACAUGCAUGACUACAUGUACGUUAAUGUCUAGUUGAACGUGGACGAACAUUCACUUGGCUGAUGACGUACGUCAUUUGUUGAUGGUACCCACAAGUUGAAAAUUAAAGAAAUAAUUUUUAUUCUCAUCAUGAAACAUGGACACGCUUUUCUUCCAAAACAAACACGGCUCAAAUCCUUUUGAAGAUGAACCCCUGCCGGUUGCCCACUACCACCCAAGCCUACAGAAACAACUUACGGAAGCCGAGAAAAAGGUAAACCUAAGUCCAGACAGAUUGCUCAAACAUGAUGUCAUCGGGCCCUCGUCCCUAGCCCUCCAAGGCAAGGACAAACCAUUGGAGAAACCCAGCCCGGCAGAGAGAGAAUUCCUUGGAAGGGCCAACACCCUGCUAGCCAAGGAGCUGCCCACUCACGACACCCCCAGCCCCGGAAACGCCUCCUCCAAAUUUGACGAGUCGUGGCCGACCAGCGAGCGGCCGUCUACCAUCGAGAGCCCAGGAGAAUACAGACCCCCUCGCUCAGUGAUGACCACAGAUCCAACAAGACCAGCACAUGGAGACCUUGGAGCAACCAUGGUGACGAAACUGCCUGGAUCCAGCUCUUCAGCGUCAGGGACUGACUACCUAGCCCAGUGGAGAAAUAGAUACAACAAGCAGCACCAAAACCAGCCACACCAAAACCGCCCAGCUGAGGGGUCAACUCUUGCCAAGUACAUCCAACGCUUUCGCUACAGCGAGCCCAGGAGCCGUCAGGAACGCGAGAAGGAGAAGCAGCGGGCAGGAGGCGGCAGCGACUUCUGGUGGCUGGCCCUGCCCUCCCGCACCUCCACACCCUCCGACGAGGACGGCCGAACCCCACCGCGGCUCGCCGCGCCGGGGGUGGGGAAUCGACAAAGAGGGAGGGGAGGUGUAGUGAGACCCCUUGGCAGGAGGGAGGCGGCAGGGAGUAACAGGAUGAGCUCUUCGUCUGCGUCGCCUUCUGACAGGGUCGACACAGACACUGAAGAUCUGCAGACCAGAGCAGACAGGCUCCUAGAAAGAAGUGAAUCAACUAUACUAAGCGAACCUUCCGUCAGCUCUGAUGGAGUCGGAAUCUCGUCAACCCCUUCCAGUCAUCAGGAACCAGACUACACAGUCCGGGACGUGCCGAGACCCUUAAAGCCAGCGGCGAGCUUUCACAUGCCUCCGUCCGCGGAGGCGGGGCACCCUCUUGGCAAGACGCCAGGUUUGCGCCCAGAGGACGAUAUCCUGCAUCAGUGGAGAGUCAGGAGGCGACUUGAGGAGGCGCGAAGACAGGCAGCCGGUCGGGAAAAGUGGUCCAAUGCAUCAAGAGGUGCCAACUUGGGGAAGCCGACUCCAGGAGGUGCCAGCCUCGAUGACUUCAGGAGACGGCUCAAGCAGCAUGAGCUUCUCACGCAGUCCCGACCAGGCACCCUGCGGACCCAGCUAUCAGAACCACUGACUAAGACCACGGGCACCAGUCCGAUGCCUCAAACCACGGCAACCCAGACCAAUGGUGUGCUGCUCUCUGUUGGUGAAGAUGUGCUAGUCAGGGACAGCAUAAUGAGGAACACCAUUGUUGCGAAGAAAUCGGAUGACGGUCCGUGCAGGGAACCAGUGAUGCCUGCAAGUUCACAUGUUCAUGCCCUUCAGGAUAUCUCUGCUGGGCCAGAAGAGGCUAUCAGUUACCAGUCUGGUGAUAAAUUCAGAGAUCACCCUACCCCUUUACGAACUGUUCCCGGGGAACCAGGUCAUGAUAGAAUUGCAGAACCAAUCAUAGCAAGUCCCAAUGUACGACCAACAGCAAGUUCCAUCGUACCUCAUUUGCAUAUGGCCUGUGACAUCAUACCUUGCCCAGAGGAUCAGAAGCCAGAUGACAGAUCGCAUCGUAACAUUGACUCUCGUGGGAGUGAUCUAGUGAGCGGCGAGCGCAUCAGGAGCAGCCGUGUAAGAGAUGCGCAAGAUCUCUCAGCAACAGGAGCUGUGACCGCGUCAGUAACUCGGCCACAGGCAUCCUUGCACCCUGCUCCUCUCAGAGAGGUCCUUCCUAAUAGAGAUGAUACUGCUGCUCAUCAGAAGCAUCUCCAGGAGCGAACUGCUCAUAGCAGAAACAUGUCUGAGCAUUUAUCCGUCACCAAAACAUCUCAGCCAACAAAACCGAGAACAAGUGUCAGAGAAGGGGAUGACCACAAGAUACCCGAAAGAAGACAAGAGACGAAAGAUGACUUUCCUCGGCAGAGUCUCGACUUUGAAGAAGAUUCAAGGCGUGACAGAAGACAGACCCCCGGGAGUGCAGAUGACGAGAUUGAGGAAGAGACAGAAGAGGAAAUCAGAGAUGGAGGGAUGACAGGGCCUCCAUUGAGAGGCCAAGAAAGGGGCCCUUUCCGUUCCUCAUCACCCAUCGGGACAGCGGUGGGCCAGUGGCUGGUGCUACUGGUCAUCUCCGAUCGUCUCUUCGGGACACCCGGCCACACCACAGUCUCCACACCCAAGUCCAGCAUUGACAGCCUUCCCAGCAUGCAUUCCUCCCUCAGGUCGCACACAUCUGAGAGCUUCACUCCACCCCAGGAUGGUGGCAACAGGGCAAAGAAAGCAAGAUGGAGAGGCACCGUGAAGGGAGGAAAUAUAAGGCACAAAGGUCGUCCUGACAGAGAAGAGGUCACAUCCUCGGCGUCGUCAUCGGACCGUGAGGAGUUUGCAGAGGAUGAGCUGCUGCAGCUGCUGAGGCGCCGCCGGGCGCAGUACGAGAACCAGCUGCAGACUCUGGAUAGGCUUAUCGAGAUGCAGAGUGCGGGGACGUGACUCUGGCUAUGAGGACGUGAUGUAGUGACUGAGGACAUUAUGUGGUGAGUGAGGACAUGCUGCAGGCAGUGCGGGCAUGAUUGAGACAGUGAGGACAUGAUGGAUGCACCGAGGACAUGAAGCAUGCAUUGAGAACAUGAUGCAGGCAGGCAACAUAAAUGCAACACAGUGUCAAUGACACUUGCCAAAGUUUGGGAUAGUGGCGCAGGUGGCUGGAUGUGACGAGGAGAGGCAACAGGAACAGCAUUUUGUCGGCAGUGAGGACAUGAUUUAGGCAGUGAGGACACGAUGUACUGGCACUUACCAUAAUGUUUAGCACUGAGAAGAGUACUUUCUUAGACACAGGGUAAUGACACAAGCAGUCCACAGUGUAACAGCAAAGACAUGUAGGCAGUGAGGCAGGAAAGAUUCGAGGAAGAACAGUCGGCCGACAGAUAAAAACCCUGUCAAUCAAGGAGAGACUGAUAUUCACGUAAUUUCAUGAACUCAGAGGCAGGACGUGUUAUUCUCCAUCCACAUAAUUGCCCCUUCCAAAGUGACUGGAGGGUAAUCUGUCUGUAGCUGGCAUGGCGAAAUUUACUUCUCGAAUUAGAGUUCCAUCUGGUGUCAAGGGAAGUUGGAUGCAGGGGAAGGUGACAUGGAAAUAUAUUGCCACCCCACCCCCCCCAAAGAAAACAGGAAAACAGAGUAUUAAUAACUCUCAAAAAAUAUUCUUAACCCCAGAAUCAACAUGAGAACCCACAAACACAGACAUGAUGUACUGAAUGACCUCUUAGCUGGUACGUCAAACUUCAUUAAUAAGAACAAGGUUAGUGUUGAUACAACAUACUUCAAUAACAAGGAGAUUUUUGGAACUGAAUCCUUUGACCUUCAUUGUUUUCAUUCCUGAUAAUACAAGGUUCCUGUUAUUUAUAACAAGUGAUCUGCAAUGUCUUGGACUUCUUAUUAACGAGGAUCGACUGUUUUUGCAUAUCUGCAUUGCAUUCAGUGCUUCCACUUCCCUCGUUUAUUGAUUUUACUGAUUGUUUUCCCUUUCUUAUUUUGGAAGGAAUUUCUAUGGACAUUUUGAGCCCAUUCCCAAAGUCGAAAGACAUUUGAAGGACGUUAUUCAAACAAGCCAAAGUCUACGAUAUUCUCCGAAUUAGUUUGUCUGAAUGAACACCCCGUCUCUCGGUUGUGGAAUGACUUGAAUCAAGACUAAUGUACGUAUCAUGAAAUUUGCUACCCCUGAUAAGCGGUUUGGUGUGUCAGCAGCGCUUGCUCCGCGUACAUGUACAUGUUACUUGAUUCCUUCAAAAGACACCAGACAUUUCGAGCUUGUACGUACUGAUGUCUAAACAAGAAAAGUGGCAGAUCAGGCUUUUUUGUGGCUAAAAAGGGGAAAUAGGGAGAACUUAAUGAAAUUUGGCUUUCAAAAUGAGGGCAUUUCAAUUUCGAUCGUGCAACCACAGGCUGCAGUGCUAGUCUCCUCCUUGAGAAGUUGCAGUCGGUAGCUUGAUCUUGUAAAGCAAGUGUCUUCAGUGCCAAAUACAUUACACCUUCGAGAAAAUGGCCCGAUCCAAAGCUAUACGGGGUAGUAAAUAACCCGCACAAGCCUCUUAGGUAAAUAAUAUGUAUAUGAUCAGACAGUUCUGUUGUAUAUGAAAUCGCUAUAUUAUUUCUAUUUGGAAUUACUCGAUUAUUUAAUAAAAAUGUCGGUUUUCAAAUAAAGCCAAAACUAUUUAGA